GGAGGGGGAGGGGGACCUCCGCAAGAGACCCAGCGGCCCGGGUUGGAGAGCCCAGCCCCGCAGCGGAUCAUGGUGCAGCAGGCGGAGAGCUUGGAAGCGGAAAGCAACCUGCCCCGGGAGGCGCUGGACACGGAGGAGGGAGAAUUCAUGGCUUGCAGCCCGGUGGCCCUGGAUGAGAGCGACCCAGACUGGUGCAAGACGGCGUCCGGCCACAUCAAGCGGCCGAUGAACGCGUUCAUGGUAUGGUCCAAGAUCGAGCGCAGGAAGAUCAUGGAGCAGUCUCCGGACAUGCAUAACGCGGAGAUCUCCAAGCGAUUGGGCAAGCGGUGGAAAAUGCUGAAAGACAGCGAGAAGAUCCCGUUCAUCCGGGAGGCGGAGCGGCUACGGCUGAAGCACAUGGCCGACUAUCCCGACUACAAGUAUCGGCCCCGGAAAAAGCCCAAAAUGGACCCCUCAGCCAAGCCCAGCGCGAGCCAGAGCCCGGAGAAGAGCGCGGCGGGCGCGGGCGGCGGUGCGGGCGCGGGCGGCGGCGCGGGCGGCGCCAAGACCUCCAAGAGCUCCAGCAAGAAGUGCGGCAAGCUCAAGGCCCCCGCGGCCGCCGGCGCCAAGGCUGGCGCGGGCAAGGCGACCCAGGCGGCGGACUUCGGCGGCGCGGCGGACGACUACGCGCUCGGCAGCCUGCGCGUGAGUGGCGCGGGCGGCAGCGGCGCGGGCAAGACGGUCAAGUGCGUGUUCGUGGACGAGGACGACGACGACGAGGAUGACGACGACGAACUGCAGCUGCGGAUCAAGCAGGAGGUAGACGACGACGACGAUGAGCCGCCGCACCAGCAGCUCCUGCAGCCGCCGGGGCAGCCGCAGCCGCAGCCUCCGCAGCUGCUGAGACGCUACAACGUCGCCAAAGUCCCCGCCAGCCCCACGCUGAGCAGCGCGGCCGAGUCCCCCGAGGGGGCGAGCCUGUACGACGAGGUGAGGGCCGGCGCCACCUCGGGCUCGGGCGGCGGCAGCCGCCUCUACUACAGCUUCAAGAACAUCACCAAGCAGCACCCGCCGCCGCUCGCGCAGCCCGCGCUCUCGCCCGCGUCCUCGCGCUCGGUCUCCACCUCGUCCUCCUCCAGCAGCGGCAGCAGCAGCAGCAGCAGCAGCGGCAGCGAGGACGCCGACGACCUGAUGUUCGACCUGAGCUUGAAUUUCUCCCAAAGCGCGCACAGCGCCAGCGAGCAGCAGCUGGGGGGCGGCGCGGCGGCCGGGAACCUGUCCCUGUCGCUGGUGGAUAAGGAUUUGGAUUCGUUCAGCGAGGGCAGCCUGGGCUCCCACUUCGAGUUUCCCGACUACUGCACUCCGGAGCUGAGUGAGAUGAUCGCCGGGGACUGGCUGGAGGCGAACUUCUCCGACCUGGUGUUCACGUAUUGAAAGCCGUGCCCGGCCCCUGGCUCUUUUCUCUGCGCGGGUGCAGAGCAGGGCUCCUUGGGAGGAGACCAUGAUGGUCAAGAUGAUGAAGGUGUUGAUGGUGGUGGUGGUGGUGGUGAUGGUGGUGGUGGUGGUGAUGGUGGUGGUGGUGGUGGUUAGGGUAGAGGGGAGAGAACAAGAUGCUGAUGAUGUUGAUAAAAUGUGACGCAAAGAAAUUGGAAACGAUGAUGAAAUUUUUUUCGUGGAGUUAAAGUGAAAUGAGUAGUUUUAAAUUUUUUUCCUGUCCUUUUUUGUCUUCCCCUCCCCCUUCCCUUCCUUUAUUGUGUCUCAAGGUAGUGCACACUUAGUCUGGAGUUGUGAUUUCCCCCCCAAAUGUGUUUUUGUAAUUACUAUUUCUUUUUCCUGAAAUUCGUGAUUGCAACAAAGGCGGAGGGGACCGGGCGGGGGAGGGGAGGGAGGACCCGCUCCGGAAGGCGCUGUUUGAAGCUUGUCUUUCUUUGAAGUCUGGAAGACGUCUGCAGAGGACCCUUGUGGCAGCACAACUGUUAACUCUAGGGAGUUGGUGAUUUUUUUUUUCUUAAGAGAUCUUAAAGAACUGGCGAUUUUAAAAACAAAGAAGGGACCAUUGCAACUUUUUUUAAUUUUACCUUAUUUUUUUGGAGGGAGAAAACUGAUGUCUUCUAUGCAUCCGAUUCUUAACAAAACUGCAGGGAGCUUGAAAAAAUGCAGACUGUACAAACGCUUACAAAAAAAACUGUGAACUGACUUAAGAUCAGAGUUUACUUUUCAGAUCAAAUUGUUUAUGGUUUUACAAAUGUGAUUUCUACUUGCCAACUUUUUUUUUUGUAACUUGUUCCCUUAUACCUCCUUGAUUGAAUACCAGACAGCCUAGACCUCAGUACAAAAGGUAUUGAAACAUUUUUGAUACAUAACAGACCUCAGUCUUUUUUAAAAAUUAAUAUAUUUUCAGGCGUAUUUUUGUACAGUGAAAAGGGAACAUUCUUGCUGUGUUUUUUCAGUAAGACUUUCAGGCACUUCUUCCCUUUUGAUUUAUUUUUUUUUCCUUUUUUUUAAGCAUGCAAGUAUGUUGGUACGUUAUGUCCUGGUUUAAAAAGGAUUAAAAAUUUAAAAAUAAUCCUUGCAUCUAAAGGCCUUGUGGUUUAAAAAAAAAGCAAACUUUUUUGUACAGCUAUAGUAGAGAUUUGUUCAAUAUUUGUAGGUAAAGAUUUAUUGAAAAUGGUGAUAUAGACCUCAGAGCUGUUAUCCUAGUUUAAAGAUUGUAUAUGUACUGUAUCAUAGUAGGACUUUAUGUAUCUCAUACGCUGUGAUAUGUGGUUGGGGCCCCAGAUGGAAGGUUUGAAACUGGAUUCUCGAUUUUUAGCAAAACAAAAAAAAGGCACAUAGUUUUAAAAGUUUCUCAUUUUGUGCAAUAUAAUCUAAAUAAAAUACAGACCAUCUGCAGAUUUACUAGCAAAUGGUGGCAAAGCAGACUCAAUGCACUGUCAACAUCAUUGCCUGGUGGUUUUAUUUUUUUUUAUUGUUUUUUAAAUUUUUUUUGUGUGUGUGCUGGAAGUCUGUAUCUUGACAAUUUUAAUAAAUCAGCUGGAACUGAUAGCCGCUCGCGUGACCCCUAGUCUCUCUGGAAGUCAAACUGGAGGCCCUGUUUCAGCGCGUUCCGUGGUGGUGAGGUUGUUGUGUGCGCGGAUGAGGGUGUUGGAAGCGAUUUCUGCAUUUAGAGACAUUAGGUUGCAAGUGUUCAUUUGGCAGGCAGAUUUCUUUUUCCGCUUCCUCCCGCUAGUUGUGAAAGACCAGGGAAAAACAUUCUCUGCCUCCCCCCCCACUCCCCCGUUUCCUUCUCACCUCCUCCCUCUUCCAUCCCGGAGGGUUGGUGGAGCUGCCAGGGAGGGGCCGUGGCGAGGGGACCAGACUGCCUGCCCUGGCAGUCUGGGGCUGCGCCCGCGGGGCGUAUAAUUUCUUCGCGCGGGUCCGCGGACCGGUGGUGUGUCGUGGUGACAGUGCCCUGGGGUAGGGAGCUCUUGGGAUGCUCAGAUGCCCGCCGCUCCCAUUCCGAGGGAGGAGACGGACGUUUCUUGUUUUGAAUUUUUUUUUUUUUUCUUUACGCGGCUUCACUGCGUGUGCGCAGAGGUAGAUGCUUACAGGAGAACGCCACCACAGUUCUUGACCUGUAGCGGCGACGCGGGAGAGAAGUCCGUGUGGGUCUCCCGGGACCGUGCGUAUCUGGGAGAGCCGGGUUCCCUCCGAGGGGUGGGAGCGGCUGCUUGCCGCUGGAGGGACAUGGUACCAUAUGACGCGAGCUGCUCCCUUCGCGGUGAAAGUGCAGUCUUAGCCUCGGGUGGACAUGCGUGAGCGAAAGGAGCUCCUGGACCACGGCUGUGACCUAGAGCUCUAAGGGCAGAGACUCGGAACCCCACCCGGGGCAUCUUGCCCUUCGGCCGCAUGCGCCAGGUUGCCUCCCCACUGCAAUCCUGUGGGCGCGUGGAGACUCCCGUCCUAGUGCAGGCAGUCGUGGGGCGGGAGGAAGAAAUCAAACCCCAGGAGGAGGCGCGUCUUCGACGCCUGGUGGCCGCCGGAAAGGUGGCCAGGCACCUUGGCGACCUUCCAAGUGCCUCCUUGGGGCUCGGGCGUGACCCAUCGCGAGUGAUCUCUGAGCUCGGGGGAUAGGUUAUCCAGCCAGUUCAUCUCUCAUCCAAGUCCCUUUUCCAUCCUAGCCCGGUCCUCUCGACCAGGGAACAGCCGAUCCGACCCCCUUCACCGCCUCCUUCCUGGGGGCCGCGCAGAGGGAGGCUGGGAGACGGCGCCAGGGCCCGGUGGGGCCCAGCGCGCCAGUCGCGAGCUCAACUCCACCGAGCUGGUGCGCCUGCAAUCGAGGAGCUUCCCAGGGGCUAAUUGAAACUUGGUGCAAAAUCAGCCAGGCUCCCUAUAACCUCCAGAAAUGACGGCCCUAGAGUUGGCCUUCCAGGCUUACUGAGAUUUGGCAAGACCAAACGGAGGCGUCUGCACGGUAACCGGAGCCGCUAGGCCCGAGGGGCCCCAGCUGCCUCCCCGCCCACUCCUCUGCGCGCUGGCCAGCCCUCCCCCUACGCCAGCCUCUCCCCGCCUCCAUCCCAGCCCGCGAGCCGGGUCUGCAGAUGGACAGGUUUCUUCUUUGUGGCUUUUCCUUUCCAAGGACCGUCCGAUUGCAGCGGUUGGCUCGAGAAAAGAAAGGCUGAUGGUGUUAGCAAGGUUCUCUGUGAAGAAGUGGAUUUUUGCAGUUGUUUACCUUAUUCCUACCCCUCCCCGCCAGCGGCUUACAGAUGUAGGCUUUGACGGGACGUUUAUUUUAGCCACGGUUAAUUCGACCAGCGGUUUACAAUUGACACUUUUCUCUGUGCUGGUGAUAUUACGUGGCCGCCCUCUGCUGCGGUUUCUAAACUUAUUGAAAAGGCAAACCCAUUUAUGAGGCUGAUGAUUCUAUGUAUCUUGAGAUCUUAAAAUUUGCAUGUGUACCAUGUUUAAAUUGUAGAUGAAUCCUGGCCAUUUUUCUGUGGUGAGUUUUAAAUCAAUUAGAAAUGCUUGAAAUUUGGCCUCAGAGUGGCAACAUAGGCGUGAUUUUCUUUUUUUAUUUAAGCUAUGUGGCCGAGUUUCUUAAAAGAAAAACAAGGGACAAUAGUUGGUUGGAGGUUAAAAGAAAAAAAAAAAAAACUGUUAGAACUCAGGACUGUCGCUCGAAAGCGCUUUUAAUACUAUUUAAAGGUGUUUAGAUGGAUGCAUUGAGGAAACCACCCCCAGUGAAAUCUUUUAUUGAAUGUCUAAAACAUAAUCACAAGGUAUUCUUGCCACUGGAUAGGCUUCAAUAAAAGUUAAAUUGCAUUUUUUUGUCUCCUAAUGAAGUCCUAUUCUUAACUGAGCAUUACCAGUAUCUCAAGAUGGUAACGUGGGGGUGGGCGUGGGCGUUGUGUUCUAGGCAGUCUAGCCAGUGGGUACCCUGCUCUAUAGAACUAGUUCACAGACUGCAGAUUGGCAAGAUUUCCAUCUUAAAAAAUUUUUUUGAACCAGCUUCUCUUAUUAAUUCAGCUGUAGAAAUAAUCUCCAGUUCUUACCCUCUGAUACGCAUCCUUUUUUAUUAAAAAGAGAUAAUGCGAAUAAAAGGCAGUGUACUUAAAUUGUGCUUUGGAAAUACUAUGUGUGUAAUGAAUGGCUAUGGUCACUGGGCAAAUUAUUUGUAGAAUGAUGAUCCUUUAGCUAGAAAAAAAAAAUAGUCAUUGCAGCUCUUUUGGGCCAACAUGGUUCUUUUUAAUGUUAAUGGAGGGGAAGUGACUUAAAUAUGCAUGCGAGUAGCCCUCAGGAUGAUUUAGCUGUUUUGAAAGAGACAAAUUCAAAGGCAAGACCUACAUUUUUCCUCUUCUGGGGAAUUAAACUACAGUCAUCUUGAUAAGUGGUAUGGUGUAAGAAAUGGGCAUUUGCUAUUCACCUCAAUUUACAAAUGAGCUCUGCCCAAGGAAUCCUGGAAAAUGCGCAAAUAAAUUGCUCAAUUUUUAAGUAGUCAUUCAAUAUAAAUAUUAGAUCACUCUUAACUUUUUUAUUCUCUGAUAUGACUGAUGUGUAUAUUCUUACUUUUUCUUCUAAUGGGCAUAUGUAUCUUUGUGGACACUUUGAAGAGAGGUUUUCUUAAACUCUCCCAUUUCUAGAAUCUUUAUACUCUUUUUCCUGCGAGGUCCUCUGCUUUUAACAGAUUUCUGAGGCAACUAUAUUUGUGCUUUUUUCUUAUGUAGGAAGACCAGCGAAACUAGUUUACUGAGUUGUCGAUUUUAUCAGUAGAUAAGAAACUUUCUUUAUUGCAGUUUCAGGGAAGCUUUUUUCAGGAUAUUUCUCAGUUAUUCUAAGGGCCAAAUUUUAUAAAAAUUUACAUUAGGAAUGUCAGUUUCAACUACCCUUUGUAUAGCCUAUGGCCUGUGAGGAUAACAGUGAGCCUUAUGUGUCCUCCUGACAGGAAUUCACAAGUUCCCAAAGUAACCGUCUCCAUGUAAUGACUCUUGACAUGCUUUUCUGAGAGUUGGCUUAUUUUAAUUAUUGAUUCUUUCUCACUGUCCAUUCUAGUUGAUUUGUUCUACCACAUCCCUUUUGAUUUGCUGAUUUAAAACACAAAAACAAAACAAUUCUGCUCCAAUAGAACUCAGGUUUUUGGUUUUUUUUUUGUGUGUGUGCGUGUGUGUAUGUAUGUGUGUGAAACUGAUGUUUUAAACCACAAUAAAACUUAAACAAAAUUGAUAAAGCCAAGCUUGCUUCCAUUUCACUUAAUGCUGACUUUUUUUCUUGAUGCCUAACUUCAUUUUUUUUCUCAUGGUCUUAUUUUUCACACUACCUAGAUUAGCUGCCUGAUUAGUUUUAUCUAUUCCAUGUGGAUGCAGUGAGUUUAUAAGAGAAUUUCACAAACAAGUAGUUUUUUAGUGAACUUAAACAGAAUUUUAAAGGAGACCUAUUUUUGUACUCAAUAAAAGCACAAAAGUGCAGAAAGUAUAACAUGGCGUACAAAGGGAAACACGUCCAUAACGUCCCAUGUAUAAAAGUAAUAAUUUUCUUGGGUAGCGAUAUUCUUUCAAGACCCAGUGCCUCGGCCCGUGCACAGAUAGGAUGGUUUUAACGAUCUGGGAACUUCUGGUUGCCUUCAGAUGCAGACAGACUUCUCCACGGAGCCACAGAGAGCAAUAGGCAGGGGUUCAGAUGUGGCUUCUUCCCAGGAGCAGUUGGCAACCGUAACAACCUGGAUGUGCGUAUGUGGAGGCUCCAGUCUUACUGUUUGAUCAAACUUCUUUCAUGUAGUCACAUCGACUUGAUUUUCCCUUCUGUGAAAAAUGACAAAAUAAAGCAAUAUGACAGGUUUGAAAAUGUAUUAAAAAAUAGAAUUUCCUCCAGAGUCCUCAACGACAUUUUUUUAAUGUGAUGCUUAUUUUACUAGACACAUUACAGCGCCCUUUCCAAAAAACAAUGACUGGAAAUAAUAAAAGUAUCCCAUAGAAAGAAUUUUGAUCAAACAGAUAUUGACAAAGGGCUCUCCAUCCCAUUUUUCUUCACCCAGCUUAUGUUAAAAACAGUUUGCCUCAUCCCUUGAAUCACACAGGGAGAAACUUUACAUACCAUUGUCAUGGAUUUCCACCUUGUCUACUUUUGCUCUUGUACAUAUGUUGUGGGUUUAAGAGUCUUUUGCAUUUGUUCUGUGACACCUUUGUUCAAAUGGACUGUUUUAAAUGGAGGCCUGUUUCUCAGGUGGGGACUACCUAGUGGCCAUGGCAUCCCAUAGUUCUUUGUGCCAGCCACCAGGACUGAGCCACCUGAAGUCUGAGAACAGUUUUCAGCAUGACACUGUUAACUAAUGUACUUUCCAAGGCCACAUGAAACUUAACUUUCAUAGCCACUCCAGGUUUUUGGAGUGGAAAAGCUAAAAAGCCCUUUUUGUUUAGAAGUCUGAGUGGGUUGUGGGGGGACCUUUUAUAGAGUUUGCAUGCCAGCGCAGGACCUGUUGCUGUCACACAGAGAGAGGGAGAAGCUACCUGAGGCAGUGCGCUGAGGAUGAAGUGUUUGAUAGCACUGGGGGGAAAGAAAAAUGCAUGGCAAAGUCGUGUCUUCUGGUAGACUAUCUAGCAUGCAGAGUUUAGUGUGUUAAAACAGUGUAUGACAUUGCUGUAUCAAAGUUGUAAAAUUAAGCAUUAUUUAUUGAAAACUAUGUAUUUUUUUGUAAAAAUCUGAUCACAUAGAGAGUAUCAGUGGCUUGUGCUUGUGCUUCAAUCGAACCAGCUUCCUGACGCCCUCCUUGGUAUGCAGUGUUAACGCUCAGGGUUGAAAACUAGUACACUCCAAUGUCUCUUGCAAGAGUUUUUCACAGAGGAAUACAUUUGUUCAAAAGACUCUAAUAAAGUUGUGUGAUCAAUCUCCACAUGUGUUUUUUUCUUAAUGUGACUUUUUAUAUUUUUUCCAGUUUAGCAUUGGAUAACUACUGUGUGACUCCUAAAGUAUUGUCUAAAAGCUGAUGUUAAGGACAGGCUUCAAAGUCCUGGUGUCUCAGCGCCCAACCCUAUCCGCAGCCUGGGCAGGACUGGGACCCUCAGGAAGUGAUGCUCUGGGCAGGCUGCCUAGCUGCCCACAGGAGAAUAAGCAUGGUGAUCGUGUCUUGGUAUUUUUAUCUGGCCAAUAGGGUGAGUAAAAGCAUAGGUGAAGAAUAGAGGGGUAGAUUAACCUGUUUGUCAGAAAUGUAUGAAGUAGAAGAUGAAGGAAAAUUAUCAGGGGCAGUUGCUGCUGUUGAAGUCAAUGCCAGCAAACUCCACUCCUCCAUGUUUUUUUUAUUUUUAUUUUUUUUGUAUCUGGUUCUGUUUUCCCUCUAUAAACAAUUUAUGGUGUAAAUGUAUUUUGACAUAGAAAUCAUUCUGUAUUGAGAUUCUUGAUAUCAAAUGCUUUUAUGAAAGCCUGCAAGUGAUCCUUGGACUUAUUAUCAGAUUUUUUUAAAGAUGUGUUUACAUGGUGAGUGUUUGUUGCAUAUUAAAUUUGCUUUUGUAGAA